AUGCUAUUCAGCUGGCCUUAUCCAGAGGCCCCGAUUGAAGGUUAUUGGGGCAAGCCUACCUCUCUGAUUGAUUGGUGCGAGGAAAAUUAUGUUGUGUCUCCCUAUAUUGCAGAAUGGUCAAAUACUAUAACUAACAGUAUAUUUUUAAUGACCGCCUUCUAUUCUACAUAUAGCGCUUGGCGUAACAAAUUGGAAACAAGAUAUAUAUUGAUAGGAAUGGGGUUCUCACUGGUUGGUAUUGGUUCGUGGUUAUUUCAUAUGACUUUACAGUAUCGUUAUCAAUUGUUGGACGAAUUGCCAAUGCUUUAUGCAACUAUCAUCCCAUCGUGGGGUAUUUUUGCAGAAACUCAAGAAAUUUUGAUUAAGGAUGAAAAGAAAAGGAAGGAGAGUUCAUUUAGAAUUCAAAUGGUAAUUUCUUUUAUCAUGUGUGGUAUAGUCACUCUUUUAACCUGGAUUUACGUUGUUGUCCAAAAACCAGCAAUUUUCCAGGUCCUUUAUGGUAUUUUGACCCUUCUAGUGGUGGUUCUUUCUGGCUGGUUAACCUAUUAUCACGUUCAUGACUCAUUCGCAAAGAAAAAUCUUUUUAUCACAAUGGUUAUGGGCAUGGUGCCUUUUGUCAUUGGGUUCAUUUGUUGGCAAUUAGACAUUCACUUGUGUUCUUUCUGGAUCUAUAUCCGGAGAACAUAUUUGGCCUUGCCAUUAGGUGUUUUGUUGGAACUGCAUGCUUGGUGGCACCUUUUGACCGGUACUGGUGUCUAUAUCUUCGUCGUGUAUUUGCAAUAUUUAAGAAUAUUAACCCAUGGAAACCCGGAUGACUUUUUAUUCAUAUGGAGAUGGAGAUUUUUCCCUGAGUUGGUGAGAAAGGGUUUACCGAUUGGUACCUCUUAUUCAAUGGAGUAUCUGGGGCCAAUUGUAAAUGCGCAAGCAGAUGAUGGAUCAAAAAAGAAUAACUAA